AUUCUUCUUUUUCUCCCCUUUUUUUCCGGGGGGGUGGGGGGUGGGUGGGGGGAGGGAGCGCCCCCAGGAAUUCCUGGACAUCACCCCCUGCCCCAAGCACGCAAUAAACACUGGCAAGAAAAAGUUUUUAUUUCCUGGUUCAACUUUUUCUUUUCCUGGAAUAUAGACCGAAGAAUGGGAAUAAACACGAAUAAAUAACAAAGCGAGGCGGCGCGCCGGGAUGCGGCUGGAUGCAGCCCUGCGGGCCAUUGUCUGCCGGCCCUGACGCCCGCCCGCGGCCCGGCGGCUCCUGCCCGCGCCUGCCCGGCCCUCCUGGAUCCUCCUUUUGCCAAGGACGCCCCCGCCGCGCCCCCGGCCGUGACCUUGGCGCCGCGGACGCUCCCGUCCCCCAGGCCCCGUCCACCUUGCCCCCGCGCCGGCCGGGCCCAUGGCCGCGUCGGAGGACGGGAGCGGCUGCCUCGUGUCUCGGGGCCGCUCCCAGAGUGACCCCAGCGUCCUCGCCGACUCCCCGGCCACCUCCUCCGCGGACGCCGGGGCGAACCCAGAUGAGAUGGCGGGGACGCCCCCGGCCCGCCCCGAGUACCUGGUCUCAGGGACCCGCACGCCGCCCGUGAGGAGGAACAAGCUCGCCUCGCUGGGCCGCAUCUUCAAGCCCUGGAAGUGGAGGAAGAAGAAAAGCGAGAAGCUCAAGCAGACGACGUCGGCGCUGGAGAAGAUGAGCAGCCGGCCGGGGCGCGAGGGGCUCAUCCGGAAGGGGCUGCUGGAGAUGAUGGAGCAGGAGGCCGACAGCAAAGCCUGCGACCCCGACGGGGCACCCCCGGCCCCCCAGCAGGAGCCGCUCGGACCCCAGGACGCGCCGCCCGGGGAAGCCGAGGCUGCGGGGCCGGAGCAGAUGUCCCCAGCCGCCCCGCACUGCCCCGACGCCGAGGACGCAGCUGCGGACCCCUCAGCCGUGCCGGCGGCAUCCCAGGGCGACGCCGACGCCGAGAGCCCCGAGUCUGCCGCGGACGAGCCCCUGGAAGCCUUAGCCGGGCCCGACGCCCCGGCCAGUCCUGGGGGGCAGCUGCCCAGCCCCCCCCUGCUGCCCACGCCCCCGCCCAAGGCAGGCGCCAAGGCGGGGAAGCCGCUCUCAGGCCAGGCUGUGCCCUUCCAUGUGGACCCCGCCCUGCGGGCUCAGCUGUCCAGCCCCUCCGGGUCCCCGAGCCCCCCCGCCGUGCCCUGCCCGCGGCCCCCCAGCCGCGUCAUCGAGGAGCUGCACCGGGCACUGGCCACCAAGCACUGUCAGGGCAGUUUUCAGGGCCGGGAAAGCAAAGGGUCCCCGAAGAAGCGCCUGGACGCGCGUCUGUCCCGGACGCCGAGCGUGGAGCAGGGCAGCAGCCCCGACGGCGCGGCCGGCAGCAAGCAGGAGGCCGAGGAGGACAAGGAGAACCUGCUGCGGAGGCCGGAGCUGCGCGAGGACGACCUGCUGCUCUACCAGGACCCCGAGGUGCUCGACGACUCGGUCAUCGCCGGCACGCUCCCGCGGAAGUGCAAGAAGGAGCUGCUGGCGGUGAAGCUUCGGGGCAGGCCCAGCCGGCAGGAGCUGGAGGAGAGGAACAUCUUCCCGCGCCGCACGGCCGAGGAGCGGCAGGAGCUGCGGCAGCAGAUCGAGACGAAGCUGUCCAAACGGCUGAGCCAGAGGCCUGCCGUGGAGGAGCUGGAGCGGAGGAACAUCCUCAAGCAACGGAACGACCAGACGGAGCAGGACGAGCGGCGGGAGAUCAAGCAGAGGCUGACGAGGAAGCUGAACCAGAGGCCCACGGUGGACGAGCUGCGGGACAGGAAGAUCCUGAUCCGCUUCAGCGACUACGUGGAGGUGGCCAAGGCGCAGGACUACGACCGCCGGGCGGACAAGCCCUGGACCCGGCUGUCAGCCGCCGACAAGGCAGCGAUUCGGAAAGAGCUGAACGAAUACAAGAGCAACGAGAUGGAGGUGCACGCGUCCAGCAAGCAUCUGACCAGGUUCCACAGGCCAUAGAGAUUUUCUUCUGAGAAGAAUCCGUGUUUAACUUUUGAUACCAACUCUGAACAUGCGUCAGGGAACUUUCCUGAAGUCCAGCUUGAGGCGCCGUGCUGCAUCCCUGAGGAGCAGGUGAGAUCUGGCCGCGCUGGCCGGCCUGUGGCAAGACCGAGGACACGCCGUGCUCUGCUCUGAGCACUGGGGACCGUGAGCUCAGGCCUGCCCACAGGACGCCCCAGGGAACUGUCUGCCUUUCUGCCUGUCGUGUGUUCAUGCCGGGCGCGGGCGCGGGCGGGCUCUCCGCGCCGAGGCGUCCGCGGGCAGGGACGUGUGCUGUGAGACUCAGUGUUCUGUCGAGAGACUUUUUAUCCUGACCACGAUUAAUUUGAAUACUCUUUCUGUUCAUGUUCUACAAAAUGAUUUCCUGUAUUAUACUUCUUCCUUUUUUUAUAUAAUGUCUAACAAAAAAAAAAUACAACUGCAACCUUUGGACUCCUGUUAAGUUUGUUCUUUAAUUAAAUGACUACUCACUGCA